AUGCUGUGCCUCUCGGUGUGCAUUACGAAGCGCAUCCAGCGUCGUCAUGCCGCGUCGUCGGCACCGCAUAAAGGCGACUUCACAUUUACCUAUGAACGUCCGCUUGCCGCAACUACCACGUUCGACGUUCCGAUCAAGUUGGAUGAGCCCACGACCGUGAACUGGGCCGUGGGCUUCUCAGCGUUCUCCAACUACCACGACAUCCAAUGA